AUGCGAUUGCAAACCUGCUCUGUACUUCACGUCGUAUGUUGUUGACUGUGUUUACAACUGGAACAGUUCGUCUUAAAAAUUAUUGUCAAUAAUAAUUGAUAAUAUUUAUAAUUAAUAAUGUCUGCGGCUGCAAGACCAACUUUUGAUGGUGCACGAGGAGGACAGGGACGUGGUGAAAAAGAUUUAAGUGCUAUUUCAAAGCAAUACAGUAGUCGUGACUUGCCAUCACAUACUAAAUUGAAAUACAGAGAGCAUGGACAAGGUACAGUCGAUGAACUACGUAACCGAGAUUUUCGUCGCGAAUUGGAGGAACGAGAAAAAGAAAAACCAUCUGCGAACCGCCGUAUGAUAGAACCAGCUCGUGAAGCUGCUCCGUCUACGAAACGUCAAAAAAUUGACCAAGCACCCGCGGCUAGCUUGGAUGCUGAUGACCCAUUGGACGACGAUGAUUCUGAUUCCGAUAGCGACGAAGAUGACACUGCGACUCUGCUUGCUGAGUUACAGCGAAUUAAAAAAGAACGCGCAGCUGAUCAAGCUAAAAAAGAAUUAGAAAAACGUCAAGAAGAGGAAAGAAUAAGAAUGGAGAAUAUCUUAUCAGGUAAUCCUCUUCUAAAUUAUUCCUCUCAGGUUACAAGAACAGACAUGAAAGUUCGUAGACGAUGGGAUGAUGAUGUCGUGUUUAAAAACUGUGCUCGCUCAGAACCUAAAAAGAAGCACGAUGUUUUUGUCAACGAUUCUUUGCGUAGUGAGUUUCAUAAAAAGUUUAUGGAAAAAUAUGUCAAAUAAUUAAAAUUAUUAUUAAUUAUUAAAUAUUAAUCAUUGCUACAAUUACAUUGUAUUUCAACUUAAUUUAUCUUGGACGAUAUGCCAAUGAGUUUUAAUUAUUUAGAAAUUUAGAUUAAUAAUAAAUAUAA